AUGAAGGUCAAGAUCAAGAAGUGGGCGGCUGUGGCAACAUGGCGCUGGGACAUUCCCGAAGACGAUGUCUGCGGCAUCUGCCAGAUCCAUUUUGACGGGUCCUGCCCAUCGGUUCGAGAUGAAAGAGCCUGGAACAAGUCGGGGGACCCCUCGGCCUUAGGGAGGCCAUCCUUCUUCUUCCCCGUCGCCAUUCUCACCUCGGGCUGCCCGCCGGCAACGGACGCGACGCUAAAUCGAGGCUGUCCCUCUGCAGAGUCCCUCGCUCAUGAGACAAGAAGCUGCCAGCUAAGGAGGAGACAGUCUGUCUAUCUUACUCCGCUCACAGAGAGGUGGUAUCACGACUCAGAUUGCAGCCAUUCCAAGGCCGGCGGCCCUGGAGACCGUGCGGCACUACACGGCACUCCGCUCUUAUGUCUAGCAAUGGUUUCGGGAAGUUGGCUGCAACGUGGCGGACGAUCGACAUGCCUGUCAAAUGUGUUUGUUGGUUAUCUGCGGCCCUCCAAGCUCGUAAUCGGACUCGGGUCAGGUUCUGUGAUAUCUCUUCCGUCCUUGACAGAGUGCAGGCGUGUUGGUGGUGGAGGGACGUGGCCGCGAGCCACCUCACCACGCUCAUGGGGUUGUGACGUCGCUGCGACCAACCAACAGACCCCAACUGCGCUCGAACAGCCGACCAGCCGCAACUUCACUCACUCACCCUCCUCUGGCCUCCGCUGUCUGCACGCAGGACCGCAGCCACGGCUCUUCACUUCUCGGCCUCCGCCCCGUCUCCCGACCGCCGACACCACCGACACCCUCACCGACACUGUCACCGGCAUCACAACGCGUCGACCUCGGCAGAGACCCAUCAUGACCGGCCCCGACCCAUCGCCCGACCGACACCCUCCUCCCGGCCCUGUCGCCGAGCCCCCGGUCGCCACCGAGGGGCAAGCCCAGCUGCUGCCCCCAGUGCACGAGGAACCUCUGCAGCGGUCACAGCCUCCCUUUCAACCACUCUUCACCCUCGUCACCGACAGCACCACCCGCGCAACACAUCACCCGCAUGUCCACUAUAUAUUCUCAGACGAUGACCCUGAGAUCCUUACCCAGGCACUCGCACGCCACGGCCACCGAGCCUCCCCGGACGCAUCCGCCAACAGGGCGCCGCCGCUGCAAGCCCCUCCCAGCGAGCGCGCCAUAGUCCUGGACCUCGUGCCUAACCCGUCGGACAACCUCCAGUCCGCCUCAUCAGCCCCGGGCUACGACGUGGCGUGGGUGUCAUCUCUGUCCUCCUCAUGGGCCGUUGUGGCCGCCAAAACCAGCGUCAUGACGGAAGAGCACAGCAACAACCCCAACACCUUGGAAAAUGAGAGCGGGGCCGGCCAACAACUAGUCCUCCGUAUCGAAGGCGUCGGCGACAAUGCUAUCUCGUCCUCAGCCGCCGCACCAGCACAAGGACCUGGCACACGGGCGAGAAAGGCCUCCCUCGACGAGCGCGACCUGCGCAUGUCUGCCUCGUCACCCUCAGGGGCUGUCCAGGACAAGGCCAAGGAGGACUACGGAGCCAUUGUCGACGAGUUUGAGAAGAGGAUGAGCGUCCUGCGUAAGGUCGUCGACGCCGGGCUCGAGAGGCAACGAAGCGCCGGGGGUGCUCGUCCAUCUGACGACGAGUUGCCCGCUGGCGUCGCUGCGCAUGGCUGGAGUCCAGGCCUACGACUAGAAUACGGGCAGGAGCAGUCAUCCCAGCAGCAAGUUGACGACAAGAGAGCGUUGAUUGAGCGGGGCCCUGUUUCUACUGGGUCGGACUGA